UACAGCUAAAAAGUAUUUGUAAUUUAAGUCAACAGAAAUCAUCAUGAAAUUAUAUUUUAUUUUUAUAAUAACAUUUACACUCGUCAUAAAAACAAGUGAAUGUAUAGAAAAAUGUCAACCAGUUUUAAAAUGUAAUCCAAGAGAUUGUAAACGAUGUGAUUCCAAUGAGUUUCCUUUAUUGCAACGGUGCAAAUGUUGCCCUACGUGUAUUCCAAAUAAUAAUUGUUUGACACCAAAAAAUUGUGCUUCAGUAGUUUGUCCCCUAGUAAAUUGUAUCACUGGAUCAACAAGUUACACUCCAAAAUGCAGAUGCUGUCCUACAUGUGGUCCAGAACACAAGUCCGAUUAUUUGACGUCAACUGGAACUGGGACACAACAUUUUCAAUCUGUGGUAAUAAGGCAGAAACUGAUAUGUCACUUUUUGCUAAUUUUACAUGAGAGCUAGUUUAAAGAUUUAUGAUAUAGAGCAUUAGCUUAGCAACGCUCUGCAUAGUUCAUUUGUUGUGAUUUUUUGUAUAGAUAUUACUUGAACUGGACGGUAG